UAGUACUUACUACUUAGUACUUACUAAUUAUAACAUAUAUUUUAAUAACUAUUAACUAAUAAGUAUUAAUUAAUUUUUAAUUAGUUACAUAAAAUAAGGAAUUCAUACGAACAUUCAACCAUCAUAAUAUAUCAAAUUAUUUUUUAUUAUUUUAUAAGAAUUUAUAAAGGUAUUUGAUAAAACUUAAAAAUAAACCAUGUCUAAGACUGUAAGAAAAGCUGCUGGAUUUGUAGUUUAUAGAAAAAACUGUGAUGAAAUAAUUGAGUACUUACUUAUGCAAGCAUCUUAUGCAAAUCACCAUUGGACGCCACCGAAAGGUCACUUAGAGGAAAAUGAAUCCAACAUGGAUGCAGCUAUACGAGAAACUGAAGAAGAAGCCGGUAUUAAAGUGAAAGAUCUUACUGUUGAUCAUAAUUUUGAAAAAGUGUUGAAGUAUGAUCCAAAAGAUAAACCAUUUUCCAAACAAGUCACUUAUUGGUUAGCUCGUUUAAUUAAUCCUGAUACACCGGUAGUGUUGUCUAAUGAACAUCAAGAUUACAAAUGGUUACCUCUAAUAGAAGCUAAGAAAGUGGCUGCAUAUCCUGAAAUGCAAGAAUUAUUUGAUGACUGUGAAAAUCAUUUAAUUAAAACUAAUGUCAAGUAGGUUGUACACAAGUAUUUUUUGUUAUUAAUGAAUUGUACUGCUUAAAUUAAUUAUCGAAUAAUAUUUAAAUGUUGUCAUUAAAUAAAUUAUACUAAUUAAUAAAAAAAUA